CAGAAAAAGAUGCCCAGUUUGUAGCUCCAUUCGCUAAAAAAUGGAAAAACAAAAGUAUGUUUUACGUUUUGUUGCAGUAUAGAGGCGCUAAGCUAAGAGAUUUUUAUAAUUUUUCCCAACAGGUUCAUUUAUAUAACCAAAAUGCUUUUUAUCAAUGUAGGAAGAUCCAAGACCCGGUAGAUUUAAAAACUAUAGACAAUAAGGCCCAAGAGUCAACUUGGUUUAGCGAUAGUAAGCCCACUGUUGUUAAAAUAAGUUUUAGAUUAGAUGAAAUUCCAUUUUUCGAUACAUCGUCCAUGUGCGAUCCUUUGACAAACAUUCGUGGUAAUUCUGAAACCGAAUCUUGGGACAGCCCGUACAAAUGGAGAACAGAAAAAUCAGGACAAACCAACAUAAAUUCCGAAUCUAAUAAAAAUAACGAUGAUAAACUGACCUCACUUCCUUACGUAAGAGAUCCAGGAAAAUCUUUGGCUGUCAUGGAUAAAGAACCCUGCAACGACAGUGAUACCGAUCAAGGAAUUUAUUCAAAAAACUUUAAAACUCAGAAACAAAAUGUUUCUGCUGGGAAAACUAAUGAAAAAUUUAGAGUUGAUGAGAAUGGGUUUGCUAAAAAUUCAACCCCUGCAAACAAGGAAUUCGAGUAUAUUAAGUCUGUACCAGUGGGUUCUGGUUAA